AUUUUCAAAGCAUGACAGUUAUGGAUUUCUCUCAUUGUCCGUUCCUAAAAGUAAUCCCUGAUUUUUCAAGGAUUCCAAAUUUACAGAAAUUGAAUCUUGAUGAUUGUACAAAUUUAGUUGAGAUUCAUCAUUCUGUUGGAUUUCUUGGUGAGCUAGUUAGUUUGAGCCUUGAAAAAUGCUAUAACCUUAGCAGUUUUCCGAGAAUCCUCAAGUUGAGCUCUCUAAAAUUUCUUAACCUUAGUGGUUGCUCAAGGCUUAACAACUUUCCUGAAAUUGAGUCUCCGAUGGAGUGUUUAAAACGCAUCAAUUGUGACCAUACCGGUAUAAAAGAACUACCUUCAUCCAUUGGGUACCUCAUUGGUCUUAACCAUUUAGAUCUAGCAUGUUGCAAAAACCUUGUGAAUCUUCCAAGUAGCAUUUAUGAGUUGCAACAUUUAAAGUAUCUUACUCUCCAGGAUUGUUCAAAACUUGUUAAGUUUCCUGAAAAUAUGGGGGAUAACCAACAAUCCAUGCUCUCUAUUGUAUCUACAAAGGAAUCUGAAAGUUCAGUACACCCAGAAUUACUCCCAUUGCCACCUCCUAUGAAUUCAAGUGUUUCUAAUGAUGGUUGUUCCUCAAUGGUAUUUCCGGCACUACAAGAGUUAAAUCUUAAAAAUUGUUUCCUAUUAGAAUCAAAUUUAUUUAGGAUAUUUAAUUGCUCCUCCACAUUAGAAGAAUUAGAUCUAUCGGGGAGCGAUAUUAUUACCAUUCCUUCAUGCAUCAACAGAUUUGUUGGCUUGAGGUCACUUUCCUUGCAUAAGUGCGAGCAACUUCGGGAAAUUCUAGAACUUCCACCAAAUAUAGAAGAUGUGUAUGCAGAGGGCUGCAUGUCAUUGGAAACAUUUUUUGAAGAACCACAAAGAUCUCAAUUAUUUAAUACAAGCAGCCUACCAGAGCUUGUACGAGUUGAAACACUAUUUUCGGCAUCAGAAUUAAAUUUCUCUAUGACAUUUAAUUGCUUUUCUACGUUGGAAGAGUUAAAUCUAUCAGCAGGUGAUAUUGUUAGUCUUCCUACAUGUAUUAAAAGAUUUGUUGGGUUGAAGAGCCUUACCUUGGAUAACUGUAAGCACCUUCAAGAAAUUACAGAACUUCCCCCAAAUGUAGUAAAAGUUUCGGCGUCAGAAUGCAUGUCAUUGGAAAGAUUUCAACAUAAUAUGCACCACUUACCAAGGCUUGAAUGGAUGAACUUGUCCAACUGUCCUAAGCUGCUUGAAAAUAUGGGGAACCAUCUUCAAAUGUAUUUAUUGAGUGAGGAAAAUUCUGGGCAUCGUAACUUUAGCUGUGCAUUUUUGGGAAAGAAGAUUCCAGAUUGGUUUACCUAUCAUAAAGAGGUUUCAAAUAGUAAUUCAUGUGAAAUAGAUAUUGAUGAGCUUGCAGAUUUGGAUGGGGAGAUCACAAGAAUUGCUUUCUCUGCUGUUGUUGGAAUAGAGGAUGGACAAGAAAAUGAUUCUCUUGCAAUUUUUGUUUAUGUCAUCAGUGGUGGCGUACAGAUCUAUCAAUGGACUGGAGGAGUUUUUCCAUUGGACUUAGAUCAUGUAUGGUUGCAUUUCCAUGCUCCAGGAUCUUUUAAGCUUAAUGGUGAUAAUGAUCACUUGAGAGUUAAAUUUGUUUGUAAGAGUGCGUCAAAGCGAAUGCUCUUUAAAAGUUGCGGAUUGCAUCUGGCACGUAGGUAUGAAGAGAAGGCGACAGAUUUAAUAGAUGGUAUUCAACUUACCAGGAGACCCUGUGAUGAUGAUGAUGAUGACGACAACAACUUGGAAUCCGACUGUUACCCAUAACAAAAGAGGCAUCCUUCAACCUUGGGCAUUAGAAUGUCAGAUACAGAGGCAGAUUCUAUCAUAAGAGCUUGAUCGAAGUUCACGGGACAUUGGAUGAGAGCAACGGAGGUGAUUGGGGCUGAAUUUUCUUACAAGACUCCAAUUUAUGAUAUAAAUGCAUACACCCCAUUGGUGGCAUUUGGUAAAUAUGUGCUUCUUGCUGGCUUCUUCUUAGGUAUGAAUGGGGAAGUAAGUCAGUCCACCUAUCCAAGUAAAUAUGGCAUAUAUCCAAAUAUAGUGUAAAACAGGUGAAAAUUUAAGUGGUUAGGCAAACAAUGCUUAAUCCCAUGAUGAGAGUUUGUUUCUCCAAAAAUCUGUGGAAAAAUUGUAGGCUACAAGCUCUCACUUUUCCUCUUUAGCCGAAAGGACGGCUCCUCGUACAAUAAAACACACUUGAACUAUAAUUUGAGCUUAUAAUUUAUAUGUAGGAAAACUCUGAAAUCCUCAAAAACUCCCUUGUAAUCCUAAGAACGAAUUAAAGGUACAUUACAACACAAAAUAUGGCUCAGAAUAAGCCACGGUUUGAGAAGAAGCAUUGUUGAGUAACUCCUUUUGCUUUUGCUAACAGACAUGUAGUAUUGUGGCUAAUACAAACCCCAUCAAUUUCCUCUGUUCCUUGUAGGUUCAGCCUAGAAGCCACAUUACACUUGCAGGGAGAUAAGUUCCUUUUACUUGAUAUGGUAGCCUAUGGUUGCUAAACUUUGACCUGUUUCCCUCUUAUACAAACCUAAGGUAGAAUAUGCUGAAUUUGCAUAUGAGUUUGUAAUAGUCAAUUGCAAAGGCUAAAACACACCAAAUUUGGUUCAGCCUUUGUUUUAAAAAAAUUAUUUUUAAUUUAGUUAGUAUCAAAUAUAUUUGGAUUUUUCAUGGUUGAUGCAAUUGACAAAUUUGUGUGACAUAUUCAGCAUGUUUGUUUGGUACCAAGUUUGUGCAGGGCAGCCAAAUAUAUGGGACAGAGCUGCUAGCUUUGGCUAUAAUGAUCAACAACUACAGAGGCAGAGAGAGGUGUUCUAACAUAAGAGCUUCAUCGAAGUUCACGGUGAAGCCAACGCGUUCUCUUCUGUUGAUGAUGCAUCGACUUUUCUCAACUCAAGAGCAAAGAGCUAAACUGGUUCUGCAACCCAAUUAUUAUCUCUAGUUGGUAGUAGCAAAGAGGAUGACUUCUUCCCUGGCCGUCCGACGAUCCUCGUCGUCUACUUUAUCCACCCAUCAGUGGACUCACCAUGUGUUCUUGAGCUUUAGAGGCGAAGAUAGUAGCAGAAAUUUUAUUGCCAAUCUAUAAUGGCAUAAGCCAUUUUUCAAGAACUUUAGAGGGGAAGAUUGCUAAUUUGUGUUCAAGAACAUGUUGAACGAUAGUGGGAUAACUGGAUAAGCCAUUUUUCUUCAAAGACCGUAAGUGUGUUCUUGUGAAGUAAUAUUAUUUAAAUUUGUCCAUUCUCUAUGUUAAUUCACAAAGUAUAAAUCAAUUUUAUAAGGUUAAUUGUGGCCUU